GGUUGUUGUCUGUGGUUGUUUGAGGCCCUCGCCAAUCUCGUCCCGUUCGUUGUUGAGUGGUUGAGUUCAGUCCAAUCGCGGUCUUUCGAAGCGACACAUAACUUAAUCGAGCGUUCUUCGAAGUCCAAAUCUGAAAAAGUCAAAAUGUCACGCCUCGCGGGAGCAUUCUUCCUGAUUUACUUGUACGCGGGAUAUGUUCAUGGGACGGACUGUUCUUUUGGCGCUAAAAAGAAUAUUUUGGAUGAGCUAAUUUCCAAAUGCCCGGGAUUGCUAGAUUCGUCCGACAAAUCUUAUUGCUGCUACGAUUUAGCCAAUGAAAGGACCUAUUGUUGCGACCUCGAGGAGUUUACGGUGAAAACCGGACUCGGCAUCAUCGUUCCCGUGAUAAUCGUUGCAGCUAUAGUAAUUGGACUGAUAAUGUGUUGUAUAUCCUGUCUCUGCUGUAGCUGCUGCCCGUGGUAUCGCCGGCGUCACCAAGGCACUGUCUAUGGCAAAGUUCAGACACCUGUUGUGCAAGUAAUUCAACCCCAGGCAAAUCUGCCACCAAGCUACAAUCAAGCAGUUCCAAAUAUUGCUCCAUAUCCAACGAGUUCAAUAGCAAUGCCGCAACCCCCGCCGUACAGCAGCGAGGUGUAUGCUAAACAAGCUCCGUAUAAUCCUGCAUAUGCACCAUCGUCACAGUAACAUUCUAGAUUAUAGUUAUCUUGAUUACAGUUAUUGAUAAAUAUUUACAAGAUUCCUAAUCAUUGUUCACCAUCUCGAGGGUAAUCUUAUUGAAUCUGAUGAAUGUCGAUACGGAAUACAUUGUGCGUUCAUCUGGCUAUCGUUAUGGCAUAAAUAGAAUCAUGAUCCAUAGAUACGCAUGGAUUCUACAUACGCGAUGGUUCAUUAUACAAAUAUUGUUGUAUUUUUUACCAUUUAUACAAAACACGAUAUGUUCUUCUUACUGGAUAUAUACAUCUUCCUGAGAAACACUUGA